AUGCUAUACAGUAAUUCAACUAUCGAGCAAGAUCCAAGGUCAUCUGCUCAAGGGAGGCCGAUUGCUCUCUUAAAUCCUAGCCUGCAAAGCAUGUUGACACUGGGAUGGAGCCAUCACAACAGUUGCGUCUUUUACCGGGGAGAAAAAGGCAAUAGAAAAGUACAAUACACCUAUGGACUUGCAAUGUGGUAUGGUUCCAUGUUAGUCCUUGAGAAAGGAUAUACUGGUGGAACUGUUAUGAGUGUAAUCAUAGCUCUUAUGACUGGUGGAAUGUCAUUGGGUCAGAAAUCUCCAUGCAUAGAUGCAUUUACUAUAGAACAAGUAGCCGCGUAUAAAAUGUUUGAGACGAUUAAAAGAAAGCCGAAAAUUGAUGCAUAUGACACAAGUGGUGAAAUCUUGGAGGACAUAAAGGGAGAUAUUGAACUCAAAGAUGUUUACUUCAGAUACCCUGCGAGGCCGGACGUGAAGAUAUUUGUUGGAUUUUCAUUGUUUGUUCCAAGUGGCAUAACUACUGCUUUGUGUGGAACCAAACAAGAAAGAUUGUUAGGAACCUCUUGCAAUGAUAAUCAUCUCAUUCCCAGAUCUUUUUUAGAAGUUUCAUUUUCUUCCAGUAGUCUCGAUGAAAGCUCGGAUGUGGUUUUCACCCUGAUUCUGGGAAUUUCUCUGGAAUAUUGGAGAUUAUUAACAAACCAAAGUUUUAUGGUUUUGAAGACACAAAGAGUGCAUGUUGUGGACUUGUUUGCAGUGCAGCUUCUGACUUUCAAAAUUGGUUUUAGGUUUUGA